CUCGAACAUCCUGCAGUUGACCAGUGACUUUUUAGUCUUUCCUCUUAUCGGAGCUCUUCUCCCCAUCUUACUGGUGGACACGGCGUGGAACCCGGUUCCUCUGCUGUUGUCGCUCCCUGGGGAACCUGAUCUCGCUUACUCCGGUGCGGAUACCACGGGGUCAGGAGAACGAGCUGCUCUCCGUUGUCGCUUUCAAUCCAUCGCAGUAUCGCUUCACUCGGGUCUGAUUCCUACGGUUCAAGUCGACCUGGCUGUACCCUGAAUCUUUGAACUGUAUGGCUUGGCAAUCCCCAUCCAUGUCCAGCCUUGGAGGGAUGUCCGGAGGCAUGGGUGACUCGAAUGGCGGGCACCCGCAGGGAACGGAAUAUACUCUGCAGGGUGUUAUGCGCUUCCUACAGACCGAAUGGCACCGACAUGAACGCGACCGCAAUGCAUGGGAGAUUGAACGCGCGGAAAUGAAGUCUCGCAUUGGUCGGUUGGAAGGGGAGCUCCGUACAAGCAAGCGCAUGCAGGAAUCCUUGGGAAAGCAUGUUCGGUUGAUGGAGGCUGCGCUGAAGAAAGAAAGGGAGAAGGUCAAGAUGCUCUCGAACAAUGAGUCCGUUGAGGGUCUUCAAGACCCGAAGGACAUUGCGCGCGAGAGCGUCAACUUCCUCAAGGAGCAACGUUCUGCUUCCAAGUCGAACACGGAUGCGAAACCAGAAGAUCCCACGAACCCUGAAUCGCAAGAAAUAGCCAAUGAAGACGAGCGAGACAAAUCCCGAGUUUACUUGUCGAAAUGCGCACAAGAAAUCGCUUACCAUGUCAUCCCUACAUCACAUCCUGUCCCUGAUCUCAGCGACCCAGACCUCUCAGGCCAUCUUUAUGGGAACCAACAGCUCUCCCAGCAGAACCUCGAGGAGGCAUUUCUGCAGCAACAACGACAGAAGGCCAACCACAUGAUCUCACGGGAGGCGGUGCUUGCUAAUCAUCAGCAACCCGGCAACCAAUAUUCUGAAAAUGCGCCUCCAUCUCGUGCCCAAAAUCAAUACAACCAAGGUCCCCUCGCUGUUGAGCGGCGUCAAGUCGAGCAGCAGCAGCAGCAACAACAACAAACCCCUGUAACUGCGAUUGAUAACCGGAAACUGGCCUAUGAACAAGGACUUCUGGAUGAGCGUGCCGCAACGGGAACACAGCAGUCAGCCCACGAUGCCCCAGGACCUUCAGUCGCAGUCAAAGAGGACCUGCAGUCUCACCAUGCAACCGAACAGAGCACCGAGGAUGUUGAUGGCUGGAAUUUCGACGAGCCAGCGGAGAAGGCGCCGAUCGCCGAGUCCAUCCCCCCUCACCGGCCUGAUACGGACGCAUUCCCUAAUGCCAAUUUUGUGCGUGGCAAGUCGCCAUCAAGAGGCGGGUCUCUUUCCCAUCGACGAAAGAGCUCCGGCUCUCGACGCAAGAGUGACGGCAGCAUUGAGGCCAGAGACUUUGGCGCGAACGCUGGUCAGCAGGAUCCCGGCUUCAAAGUGCGAUUCGCCCUGCGUGGACACCUUGAUGUCAUCCGUUCAGUGAUUUUCACUGGUGGUGGCAGCCCGGCUGAGCCCGAGAUUUGUACAUGCAGCGAUGAUGGAACGAUCAAACGCUGGAUUAUUCCUGCAACAUACGGGAACUUUAACGCUCAAGGGCCGAGCUCGAGCAGUGAUUUGGAUAUUACCAGCUAUUUCACCCACCGCGGUCAUAAUGGUGCAGUUACCUCGCUUGCAGCUUGUUCGCCAUCGCAGAAUAUCUCCAAUGGUGGCCGGGCUCUAGGCGAUGGAUGGGUCUUCUCCGGUGGACAAGAUGCUAGUGUCCGAGUUUGGGAGCGUGGUCGGGUCGAUCCUAAAGCCACCUUGGACGGCCAUACUGAUGCUGUGUGGGGGCUCUGCGUGCUUCCGGGGACGGCAGGUUCUGUCUUUGGGGACUCGAGUAGUCACUAUGGAGGAUCUGACCGAAUUUUGCUAGCCUCGGGUGCUGCAGAUGGCCGUAUCCUGGUCUGGGCUGUCAGUCCUCCACCUUUGGCCUCUAACCCCCAGGCGGGUUCGCGCCGUCAAGGUGGAAGUCGUCGUGCAAACUCAAUCUCCUCUGGAUCCAACUUCCCAUCAUCUCCUCAGCCCAGUGUUGCCACAUCUACCCCCUUCCAUUAUACCCUUGUCCAUCACAUCAUUCGCAGCGAUUCUCCUUCUCCGACCUGCAUUAGUCCGUUAUCUUUGGCUGGUGUGAACUUUGUUGUGUCUUACAGUGAUGCCUCUAUCCUUGUGUAUGAUACGAGAACCGGCGAGGAAAUUGUGGGCAUGGCAAGUCUGGAAACAUAUGAUGGCACGCCAUCAACUGGUGUCAAUUCAGUGGUUACUACAACCGUUGGAUUUGACGGGUCUGCAAACUUGGAUCCCAGCCGCACCAUGGCCGAAGAAGAGGUUGUACAUGGAGCUACUGGGUCCAGUAGCGUGGAAGGUGUGAUUAUCAGUGGUUAUGAAGAUCGAUACAUCCGUUUCUUUGAUGCCAACAGCGGUCAAUGUACUUACACAAUGCUGGCCCAUCCAGCCGCCAUCGCCUCACUGUCUUUGUCUCCGGAUGGACGUGAGCUCGUUUCUGCCGGCCACGAUGCAAGCCUGCGUUUCUGGAACCUUGAAAAGCGCAGCUGCACACAGGAGCUGACCAGCCAUCGGUUGAUGCGCGGAGAAGGUGUGUGCGCGGUUGUCUGGAGUCGUGACGGCCGCUUGGUCGUUAGUGGUGGCGGAGACGGUGUGGUAAAGGUCUUCUCCAGAUAAUCGAAGACCAGACGACGAGAUGACAGCCUUGUAUGAACCUUCUAUUCUCUCUUGUUUCUGAUUCCAUAUUCUCUUUGCUUUUCUUCUCUGGUGUGCAUCUCUUCGGUCUUUUCUUGUCGUGAUAUGAUCUCAUGAACCGGAUGAGCGAUUGGCCGGACCAGUUUUCUUCGAGCAUUUGCAAUGGUGUCCCAUCCAGCUGCUGGCAUAUGGUACUCUUCUAUGUGGUUUUUCUUACUUCUUCUUCUCCAUGUGUACUUCUGACCCUUGACACUCAUAAUAUGCCGUCUUCGCGAUGAUUCCCUGGCGUACAUUUCUGACCAUGUUACCCUGUGCAUCUCUAGCUCUGCUCCGCUCCUGCCCUUUGCUUCGGUGCAUGACCAAUGUCCCACUUGAUAUGGCCCUGCUCCUCUCACCAGAUUCCCUUGUUUGAUCUUUCGAUCACUAUUUCCGCCUGCGCUAUGAAAUUUCCAUACCCUCUGGUCGCUGUUUCAGCGGCUCCAUGACUGGACAUUCUGGAUCUGCUUCUUGGGUUGUUGGGGUGGAUAUCCACUCCGAGAGCCUAUUUGUGUGUGUAUAACAUUGAAAUCCACAUUCCAAAUUUACGAUAUCAGGCC